AAAAAAAAGGACAAAAUAAUAUAACUUCAGUAGAGCAAGUCGGUCAAGAAUGAGUAAUGAACAUCACUGAAAGAAAGAACUUAUAGAUCUGCUGAGAGAACCACUUGAGAUUCUAUCAUAAACAGAAUGUUAGUAACACCAUUAUUCAUCAUCAACAUCACCAAUAAAGAGAGCAAGUUUAUUGUUAAGAUGACACCCUCCAUAGUUAUUGUGCAUCUGUCAGAAUAUCUGUAUUCUUUCUUGCUUUGUAGAAGACUUGUAUUUAUUGUAUGAUCAUCAUAAAUAUUGGAAAAUAAUACAAACAGAGAACAACUGGACAUCAUAAACACAGACUUGGAACCCAACAUUCUACAUCAACUAUCUCAUUUGGGGUCACAACUUCAAACAAGAAGGGAAAUGUAACACUAUCAAAAUCAAAGUCCAGUAGCAUCAGAAGUUUUCGAGCAAGGGAAAAUGGCGAGACAGAUGAAUCACCUGUAUUAAAGUAAGUAAAAGUACAUAUUGGUAUCUUGGUAGUAUGAAAAACAGAAAGACCAAACAUGUAAAGAAUGGUUCAGCACAAAAUAACAAAGAAGAGUCUACACCAGAGUCUCCAUCACAAAGUAGAUUGUCUUCCACUGCAUUGUCUAUAGGAGCUGUAUCCAUCAUCUUUUUAUCCAUUUUUGUUGUCUAUACCAAUGACUUAUUGCCUAAAACCUUGCCAAAUUCAGACUCUCCUUCAAUAUCCACAAAAGGGGGAUGGCGAUUAGCUUCAGUCAAUGUGCUUCAAAAGUAUGGUUCAUCGAAGUGUACAGUUACCCGUAAAAAUGCAAAAUACUUCACCAGUGCAGAAUUUGAGAAAGACUUCAGGUUUAAAAAACCUCUCAUAGUUUCAUUUGACAAUGAUGCAUCAGGUUGGACAACACCAGAAUCAUGGUCAGUGGAAAGCUUGAAAAAAGAAUAUGGUGACUGGCUAGUUUACUCAGGAAACUCACUAGAAAUUGUCAGGAGAGGUGGUAAUGGGAAUGUGGAGAGUUCAUUUACUAAGUUUGUAGACCAGUUGAUAAGGUCUAAAGAUGACCAUGGAGAACCAUUGUACAUUUUUGACAGAAUGUUUUACAAUGAUUCAAGUCUUCCAACAACAUUAAAACCACCAAAAUAUUUUGAAAUAAAGGAUGGGCGAGAUGAUAGUAUAUUUUUCCUGGGAGCCUCUAGUAGUGGUGUAAGCUUCCAUAAGCAUGCUGAUGCUUGGAAUGGUGUGAUCUAUGGAGAAAAAAGAUGGUUUUUAUAUCCUGUAAACCAUACACCUCCGGGAGGAGUCUACCCAGGUUUUACACAAAUUGAAUGGUUUGAGAAGGUGUAUCCUUUACUGCCAGAAUCAGAAAAGCCAAUAGAAUGUGUUCAGAAAGCUGGAGAAAUUCUUUACUUGCCAGAGGGGACUUACCAUGGUACAAUAAAUAUGGGUGAUACAGUGGCUAUUGGUAUACAGAGAAAGAAAGCUUCUACUAAACAUGAAACAUUAGUUUAUGAAGAACUGAACAGAAGGAACAGUUUGAAUGGUAAACUGUCUGAAAAAGAAAAGGCAGAUACUCAUACAGAAAUACUUCAUCUUUAUGAGGAACUUCAUAAAUUACUACCAGAAAGUACAGAGGUUAUGAUGAAACUAGGUCAAACAUAUGGAGAGCACGGCCAUCCAGAGAAAGGUUUAGAAUUAACACAGAAAGCAAUAGAUAAAGAUCCAUAUUUUGUCCUGGCUUAUUUAAAUAAAGCAGAUUUAUUGAACAAGCUAGACAAGAUAGAAGAAGCAGAAAAUUCCUAUAAAAAAGCUAUUGAAUUAAAUCCUAACCUCUGGGAUGUUCAUGCUCAAUAUGGCUCCUUCCUGGUGAAUCAUAAACGUCCUGAGGAUGCUAUCAAACAUUUCCAGAAGGGAAUAGAACUAAGCCCUAAGCAGCAAGGAUUUUAUAACAUGUUAAGACAUGCACAGAAGAUGAUGGGGGAUGAAGAAGAGGCACAGAAAACAGAGCGAAUGAUGAGACGGCUCUUUAACAAGAAGAAUUAACAUCAUUCUUUAAAAAAAUCAUGGUGUAUCAAUCCCUGUAUUGCUACAUCAACAGCCUUUUUGAUAUUUUAUACAAAUUUUGAAAUCAUGAUGCAUUUAAGUCAUAUGUGUACUGCAUUUAAAGAUUACUGUGAGGAAUUUUAAUCUUACAAGGUGAAUGAAUUAUAAAUAUGUACCCAGUAACUCAGCCACACAUUAUUGUCUGAAUUUUGUUUUUAUAUUUAUUUAUUUAUUAAAACCUUUGCCUUGAAAAGACAAGUUGAUUGUAGUACAGUCCAUUUACACCUUUUCUUGUGUUAAAAAAUCAGUUCCUCAUAUGAUGGAAUAUCCUUAAAAACACUGCUUUAUUUGCAAUGAUGAAUUUUGGAUCAACAGAAACCAGAACUCAUUAUGCCAGAAACAGAAAAUGUAUAAUUUAUGUCAUAAUGUACCAAACAUUUUUGUAGAAGAUUAAGGCAUCUUGUGGAUAGAAAAUAUAAAAAAAUAUAUAUUUUUUUACUGACUAUAUAAUAUAUUGUUAUUAUCAUUUUGAUUUAUAUUUAUCAUCUUUGCCAAAUGUCCACUAGUGCCAUAGCUUUAAGAAAUACAUAAAUAGAUAUUUGUAAAUACAUUUAAACAAUAGAAUAAUGAAUGGAAACGGGGAAUAUGUCAAAGAGAGAACAACCCCUCCAUAGAGCAGAAACCAGCACAAGGCCACCAAUGGGUUCAGGUCUUAGAAUUAAGUCUUUCAUUUGAAAUGUCUGCAUUUCCAUAAUGUUAAAUGGACAGACUCAUGUGGGUUAAUGAAUUACCUGCCAGCAUCUUGCCCAGACAUCAUUUUUUAUUACCCUUGACAUAAGAUUUUGAUAUUAGGCUCAUGUGUCCCAUCACAUCAAGAUAAUAUGUUGCAAAUGAUUGAAGAUUGCCUCUGACCUUGACAGCUUUUUAUGUAUAUAAUAAUUAAAUUCAACAUUUGAAUGUUAAGGAUUGAGUUUUAAUUUUUAAAUGGAAACAUGAUCUCUUUACUUAUUUGAUAUAACUUGAUAUAACUUGAAAUAAAAUUGAGAAUGGAAAUGGGGAAUAUGCCAAAGAGACAACAACCGGACCAAAGAGCAGAUAACAGCCGAAUGUCUGAGGCUUCUGUUUUUUGAUGAAUUUGAGCAAGAUUAAUUUGAGCUAGUUCUUAAAUAAUGAGAAUCACUAGAAAUGAGUUACCAUGACAUUCCAUCUUUAUAUCAUUCCUACUUGUAAACUUUUUUCCUCAAAUAUUCAGGGUUUUAUGUUAUUUCAGUUUUGUCAUAAUGCUUUUUUCAUCAACUUAUAAUUUAUUAUUAUUGUUUUAUUUAUGUAAUUGCAUUGAAUGAAGUUGGUUGUUGAAUUUGAACUAUGUUAAUUGAAAAAUAUUUAGUACAGGAUCAAGAAAAUUUGUUUUGUGUUCUCAUCUUUUCAUUUCUAAAAAUUUGAAUGGAGAUAUCACAAUUCUGAGGUGUAUUUUUAUAUACUGUAGCCAGCACUUGUGCCAAAUGUUCAUUAAAAUAUAUUGAUAAAUUGUUUAAAGUGAAUAACAUCACUUUUUUGUAAUAUGUAUUUAACAUUGGUUAUAUAAUAACAUAAUUAAAAAAAAUGGAAACCAAUCAUUAUACUAUGACCUUUACUCAAUGCAACUCCUUUUGCUUGUUGCAAACCAUAACAUUUGCAAAAGUAACAUGAAUUUUAUUAUACCCCAUCUCUAAGAAAGGGAACAAUAUUGCAUUUACCUUGUCCUUCCAUACAUCCAACAAAAUUUCCAUCAAACUUUUCUCAGCUACUACUACAUUUGUUAGGUUAAGGGAGAUAAUUCAGUUUUACAACCAUUAUAUAUAGAAUAAGUUUUUAUUAUUUAUUUUGUUUUAACGUUCUUUGAUAUAUUAUGUAGUGUCGCUUGAAAAUAUAAUAAACAUGGAUAUGUCUCUUGUGAAACUAGUCAGUGAAGAUAGGUGUAUAUUUUCAGAAUUUGUUACCUUUGAUAUCUUGUCUUCAUAAAAAUUUAGUACAUAUACAGGAACAAAUCAGUUAUAAUAUUAGAUACACUACAACAAAAGGGAUCAUGUAAAUGUAGAAGUACCAGAUAUCCUGUAUGUGUAGCUUAUUUAAGAUUAUCUGGGCCAAAGGACUAUAAAGCUAUUGUCAUAAAGAAUAUUUUUGUUUGGAUAUAGUAAGUUGUGUUCUGUGUACUUUUAAUAAUAUGUAAUUUAUUGGUUGCCACUUUUGUUGCGUUUACUAAUUCUUACAUUCUUCUUUUAACUACAUGUACAUCUUUCAAACUUUUGAAAGCCUGGAAAAUGUGUUUUGUUAUAAAUUUUACUGCUACCUACAAGAAAAUAAAAAAAAAACAAUGGAUUUUUUUUAUUGUUAAUAGUGCUAAUUAUGUGAAAAGUCCUGUUAUAAGCCUUGUUUUGUUGUUUUUUUAUUAUGAUUUAUGUUAUCUUAGCUGAAAGCUUUGAUUUUUGGUUGUGAGGUAUUAAACAUUUUUAAUUUUU